AUGGAGAAUUCUGCAUUGCAACCUCUGUUGGACUGUACGAAUACAUACACGCUGACAACUGGCAUUCCAUGCGUACACAGGAUCAAAGCCCUUCACGAGCAACGCCAAGUUCUUCAAGUUGAUGAUUUUCAUCAACAAUGGAGACUUGAGCAUUCUCCUAGCAUUGAGCAGUUGGAAGAAUUGGAUCCAGAAAGCAAUUUGGACUACCUCGUUGACUUGCUGCGUACCCGUUUUAGAAACGCAGCUCGUUACGAACAAGAGGAAAUGGUAUCGCGUCUUUUUGACCUGGUUCAUUCGCCGUUGGUACCUAUAGAGCCACGAAACGAUGCCAGGUCAAGAGGAAGACCUACCGGUUCUACUGCGAGAAGAAAUGACACUUCGUCAAACAGAAGAAAUCCCUCCGCUUUUGAACAUGCUGAAAGAAGAACAAGGCUUUGUGGAACUUGUAGACAGCCGGGACAUGACACAAGACAAUGUUCUCAAAGAGUCAUGUCCCAAGCUACUCGCUCAUCUCAACAAUCUCAGCAACAGCAACAAACACAAUGA